AGCAUCAGUAUCAGCUUUCAGUCUUAGGUCGACCCCUCCCCGAUCUAUAACCAUGAGGCGUAUUCGAUCUCGACUAACUCAUCCACAUGCACGAGCGGGCAGCUGGAUACGGGAAGCCCGGCGGGAUGACCAUGCAUGAUAGCGCUUCAGAUCCACGCUGUCCUCCUCCCAUUGGUGCUAAAGAUGCGAGAUGUCUCGAUCGCGAAGAUUGGGUUAUCGUGAUGGAAUUCUUGAAAAGCUGCGAGUCAUCAAGGCUAAAUACUGGUGUUAACAGUCUCACGACUCCUCAACUCUCUAGGAGGCUUCCACGCUUCGCCUCAAGAGUAUUGACACUAUGAAGCUCAAUGCAGUGUGGACGACAAUUGUUUACUACUUUGAUAUCUUCUCCCUUGGAUCUUCGCCUGGAGAUGGUCAAGCCCCUCUGCAGCAACUCGUCGAGCCUCAUAUCAAGCCUGCUAUUGUGCGACCUCCUCAUCCUCAUUUCAAGCCUCUAGACGUUGAAGUCAUCACCCUUGACUCCGAUGAGGGUCGUGAUGAUAGUAAAAUCUACAUGCUUCAGGAUGGCACACCUGUAGUGAUAGCACCGAAACAUGCCGACGAAGGACCCAGUCAUCUCAAAUGCCAAUACCCAAGUCUUAAGGAUAAGGGUUUCAAGAGCUGCUACACACCACAAAGUCGAAACUGCUGGCUUCGCAAUGAUGCUGGUUUCGAGUAUGGCAUCGACACGGACUACGAAGAUGAAUCUGAGAUUCCAACUGGCAUCCUACGAAAGUUCAUUCUUGAUGUUGGGGAGCAACCAAUAUCACCAGACCGUAUGACAUUAGAGUUUGGCAAAGUAUUCAAUAGGACAUAUCCGGGCCCUUGGAUUGAGGCUUGCUGGGGAGACACCAUCGAAGUUGAGGUACGGAAUGGUCUCCGCUGGAAUGGUACUUCUGUGCAUUGGCAUGGAUUUCGCCAGCUUCGGAAUAGCCAUAUGGAUGGUGUCAAUGGUAUCACAGAGUGUCCCAUAGCACCUGGUGAUAGUUUCACGUAUCGAUUCAAGGCCAUGCAAUAUGGUUCAGCGUGGUAUCAUUCUCAUUACUCACUGCAAUACGGCGAUGGCAUGCUAGGACCAAUCACGAUCUACGGCCCAUCGACAGCAGACUUCGAUGAAGACCAGUCCUUCCGGCCGAUAUUAAUGACUGACUGGAAUCAUCGGAGUGUCUUCGAGGACUGGCCGAAUCUGUUAGUCAAGGGGACUGCUCCUGAGAUGACCAACAUCCUUCUCAAUGGUACUGGUCAAUUUGGACCUGGGAGUAAGGUCGAGGACAAGUACCAGCUCAACUUCACAGCCGGUACAACACAUAAACUGAUUCUCAUCAACACUGCUGUGGACACAGCCUUCUCUUUCUCCAUUGAUCAUCAUAAUUUCACCGUUAUUGAGGCAGAUUUUGUACCCAUAAAGCCAUACACAACAGACAAUAUCAAGGUCGGCAUUGGUCAACGCUACCACAUCAUUGUUAAGGGCCAUGACAAGCCUUACGAAAAAGAGCGAGCCGGCAAUUAUUGGAUCAGAACCAUUCCCCUUCGAAAGUGUAGCAAGUUUGCUUUCGGCCCGGACGAGCAGUCUGGAAUCAUUCGUUAUAAUCCCAAAGAAAGCCGCAACACUAUAUCGUUCUCAGAGCCCGAGGGCGGAAUCGACACAAGUUGUGCAGACGAACACAAGGACAAGCUCGUACCAUGGCAUGAAUGGCAGGUAAAAGAUCCAGUCAACAUCAAACCUGGUAUGGACUUGGCAACUUUGCCGAACCACAAGCAGUACAAGUUCGAUGUUGGUAUUUCGAAGUCUAGCGGUCCGCCAUAUGUACCCGAGGAGGAAUUGAGCCGAUGGGCCAUGCAUACCGCUCCAUUCCGCAUCAACUUCAGCGAGCCCACCAUCCUCCAACUCGACAAAUACGACAGUAUUAUCGACCGCCCCUAUCUCGACAUCAUAACAAUAGACGAGGAAGAAAGCGACCAAUGGAUCUGGAUGGUGAUCACUGGUUACGCGAUCCCUAGUGGCGGUGGCGAGCGGAGUUUCUUCCCUGCUGCUCACCCGAUGCAUCUCCACGGCCAUGACUUUGCUGUCUUAUUCCAGACAGAUCACCCCUGGGACGACGACGACUCCUCACCAGGUGGCAAGAUUCCGGGCUGGGGCGAACGCUUCACGCCAGAGAAGAUGAACUGCGACAACGAAUAUAUCGACUGUAACAAUCCGGCUCGGCGCGAUGUCAUCCUACUGCCGGCGGGAGGAUUCGUGAUUAUCGCCUUUAAGGCGGACAACCCAGGGACCUGGAUCUUCCACUGCCACAUCGCGUUCCACGCGUCGUCUGGCCUGGCUAUACAGAUCAUCGAAAACAGGCACAAGAUCCAUGAGACCUUCGCAAAGGACGAGGCUGAUAUCAGAGAGCGUUGUGAGAAUUGGGACGAGUGGUUCAGCAAUCCCAUGAACCUGUGGGAUUAUCAGCAUCCGAAGCACUUCCAGGAUGACUCCGGCGUCUAGAACGUAUCAACUCUUGAGGUGUGAAGAGUCGUGUUGCGUGACUGGUAAGCAUGUGCCAUGCCAGUAUACUAUGUAUGUCUUGGAUGGAACAGGGCAUGAUUUGCCGUCAUAACAGAUGUGACCUGCGAAACGUAAUUUCAGGAGGAAUGUCAACGAGAAGAAUCAGUGUACACUCCUUACUUUAUUCGAGAGUCUCGUUGCGGGCGUGGGAGAUAGCCAG